AUUCUUUAAUACUUAUCGAUUUUCUACCACCCUUAAAGUGCAGCUGUCAUUGGUAAAAAUGGCGAAUUGUGAUAAAGUCGGGAAGUCGACCAUAAAUUAUUAAUUUACGUUAUUUUGGAACAAAUACAAAUUUUCAUAUUCAAGGAAGUGCGCUGAGGAAGCACAGACUUUACAUUCGAAGUGUGCACAUUUUAGUUCUUGGACAGUAUUUGCAUUUCGCCGUCCCUUGAAUCUGGAUCAGGGCAAUCUUUACACACCGCAAGAUAUAAAUGAACCAAAUCGAAAUACAGGAACUUACGACUCACCUAUCCCAGGCACUUGAUCAAAACUACGAUGUCGUCAAUAUGGACGCAGUGCUCUGUGUCAUAUGUGCAUUGGAGGGUACAACUAUCACCAAGGAGCAGUUGGAGGCCACCAGAUUGGCUAAGUACAUAAAUCAGCUCAGAAGAAGGACUAAGAAUGAGCAUUUGGCUCGACGUGCAAAAUCUUUGCUGAAAAAGUGGCGGGAAAUGGUAGGAAUUCAGCAAACCGCCACUGAAUAUUUGGCACAUCCCAGUCAAAUUUCAUCUUCACAACCAGCAUUAAAUUUGGUUAAGUCCCCUAUCAACAGCUUUAUUACAGAACCAAUUGCUCCUUCGCAGCAAAUAGUUUCAGAUAUGCAUUCAAAUAUCGACUCUGCGGAGCCUCCGCUUUUGGGUGAACAUACCCUACUUCAUCCGAGCUUCUCCAACCUUGUAAAUAGUAUAAAAGAUAGCGAUCGCCACGAAAACAUCGCUAUAACGACAUUUCAUACUCACAAGGAUCGGCGACAUUCGCAUGCCAUCCGAAGUUGCCACGUGGCCUCUCCUCAGCCGAUCGUCAUAGAUCAUUCAAUAAAUUCCGUGAUCAACUUGACCGAAGACAGCACCGUGAAGAUAAACGAAACUUCAGUUGUUAUUGACAUAGCUUCGGAUUCCGAUGAGAAUGACAAUAACAGGUCGUUAAAUCCAAAAAAAUUAAACUCAAUUGUUCCUGCGCCACUUCCAACACCAUCUACACCAAGCUCACGGCAACGCAAAUUAAAAAAGGAAAAAAGAAGUAAGGAAAGAGAAGGACAGGUCGCAUCAAAUACAAGAUUUGGUGCAAAAGUCAGCGACACGUUUCAACAGGCCGCUCUGACAACAGAUUCGGAAAUAUUUUCCCUUUCAAACAGUUCUAUGAGCUCAAUUGUAUCUGGAGAUGCUACAUUAAGUUAUUCGCAGAAUAAAUCUCGACUAAACUCAAACGAAUUGACCUUUACCGGUCGGUUUAAGGCGGUUGACCAUUUGUUUCGAAGCACCGAGUCAGGGAAACGCAAAAUUGAUGAGUAUAGUGCUUACGACUCAAACGCAUCAUGUAGUCGUCUAUCGCCUUCAACUGUAGACGAAGUAAAGAAAGCUGAACAUUUAUUUGAUGCUCAGUUAACUAAUGCAACCGCGAAUCAGAUGCCUAUGUCCGCUGUCGGCUAUGAGUCAAGUACUAGACAUGAGUAUUUGGAAAGCGAAUCGCCUUCCCAGAUCCCAAAACGACGUGGUAGGAAAAAAGGAUCAAAAGGAGUAGACGCACUUAUUGCAAAGGAAUCAUCAAGCCUGUCUCAACAAAUAUUUUUUGGUGGCUCUGUUAAAAAAGUUAAGACUACAAAAGAACUUUUUAAUGAAAUUCAGAGCAGAAAAUUAAGUGUUUCUAUGCAAUCAUCUGCGAGUAAUCUUUCAAAUUCGUCAACAAAUCGAGAUCUGACUUCGCAUACCACAUUUCCGAGACAAACUUCUUCUUGCUCAGACACUUCAAUGCAUUCUCCACAUAUAUUGGAAACUUUAUCUGGCAGUGCUAUCUUCGCAAGUAAAAUAGAUGAUCUGGCAAAUACUGAUAGUGAUACCGUCACUUCAGAUCCAUCACACGAUAGUAAUAAAUCACAAGAGAUAAAGGAAUGUACUUCGUUAGAUAGCAAUAGCAAUUCUGUUCAGAGCUUACCUUUAGCAAAUAAUCGGGAAAACUUGAUUCCCAAAAAUGUUAAUGAUAUCACCACUCAACUAAUGCAUCUAAUUCACAGCUUAAACAGCCCGCUGAGUAUAAUUGAAAUUGAGAGGGUGUACCAAGAAAAAAUAAUACCAUGUACUUGCAUAGUUAUCGAAGAGGUUGAAGGAACAUUAGGAGAAUCGAAUAAUUGCACUUUAGAUGACCAGUCGAAGAAUGCAAAAAUAAGUUUAAAUUCUAAAGACAACCUUUUUUGUCACAAUCAAGAUAAUUUUCCUACUUCACAACGCUCUAUUAAUGGUGAAGUAAUUGACACUCAGCCAAAAUUGGUAAAGUCCAUAUUUGAUCUAGAUUUUGAUGAUAACGACGAUCCAUUAAAUUUAAUUAUGGAUGAAAUUCAAAAGCCUAUUGCCAGAGCCGAAGAGUUAAAAAAUAAUAAAUCAGAUACCAAAAACAUUCAUUUUGGUGCAUCUGCACAAAAUGUUUCGUUUAAUAUCAAUUUCAGCGACGAUGCUCAACAAGAUAAUUCGAAUCAAGAAAGAGAAAAAAGUGAAACACAAAAUGCUAUUCCUGCUUUUACAGUUCACGAAGAUCCGGAUUGCUUGGCAAGGCAAAGGUUUUAUAUACAAACAAACAAAGUGACCAGCUUUCACAUUAAUGCGUUGCACAAUUAUUAUAUACCAAACAUAAAUGGUAAUUGGGAUAGUGUGGAAUCAUUUACAAGUUUUCAACCUAAGCACACAAUUAUGGAUACCAUGGAAUCGUACACGGUGACUAAUGGAGCUGAUGUUGUUCCUAAAUAUGGACUUCUAACAUCAGAUCGAAUAAGAAAAGAUCUAAGUUCACUUAAAAGUAUUAAACCUUAUAGGGUAAAAAAAUUUACAUCUUUAUUUUCACCGUUUCUUGGUGUUGCAAAGUGUUUACCAACGUGUCGAAGAGCUAGACGAAGGCUUAAAAAUUUUGUUACCUUGUCCACUGCGAAUGAUAAUACAGCUAAGAAUUUUGAAAGCCUUGAAAAUAUGAAAGCUUCCUUUAAAAACUGCAACCCGCUAAAUGUUAAAAUCGAUGGUACAACUUCUGCUAUUUACAGCCAUAAUGAAAACCAUGUGCCAAUGCAAGUCAAUACCAACGUCGAACAAUUACCGCCGUCGCAAUCAUUCUCCGGUAAUGCCAUCAGUUAUAAUUUACUAAAGCUGGCCGAUGAUAAAGUGCGUGAUGACGAAAUCAGCGAUAAAAGCAGUAAUCACGGUUGUCAAGAAAACAGUCCAUAUAGCAGUUCUAGCAGUAGUGGCUACUCCGAUAGCAAGGAAGAUCAACACAAUAUAAUCAAAAAUCAGCAAAAUAAAAGCAUUCAAUUAAACAGUAGAAAUUCAGAUAUGAAUAGAAGAAAAAGAAGAAUAUAUUUAGAGGAUGAUUCAAAAAAGAAGAAACAUUAUCGAAAACGAAUAAAGGCUGCUGUAAACGGAACUUGUUCAAAUCUGCAUAGAAAUUUAAACAGCAGUGACAGCGAAAAUGGAAUGGAAAAUGAUUAUAAAAAUGAAUACGGAAACAGUAAUAAUGAAGAAUAUGCUAUUGUUCAACGUCCAGCAGGUGAUGGGGAAAAUUGCAGAAAUCACAUUGUAUUGACAAUAAAAAAAACUCCAAGUAAAAUUAAUUCUCCAGCUAACUCUAUGAAUGCAUUUUCUCCUUCAUCUACAUCAGAUGCAGCAAAUUUGAAAAAAUCGAUUCUAGACUUUUGUCUGGAAGAUACAAAUAUAUCACAAAGUAUAACAGAAAUUCCACAAAAAAAAAAAGAGGAUUUGUCGAAAUCGAACAGAAUUGUCCAUCAGUCUCGAUGUUCUGCCUAUCGCAGAAUAUUUCGAAAAUCUGACAAAAGUCAAACUAAAUUUAUUGAUCUAGAAUUAAAACAUUUAUUUCAUUUGAAAUCAAAUCCACCAUGUAUAUUGGCAAAUUCUAAGCUACACAACAAACUAUUUUUCCCUCACGAAUUGUCUAUGGAUAAUACUUCAGGCAUAAGAGAAAGAAUAAUAAAUUAUAGCAGUAGCAGCAGCUCGAGUUAUGAUGAUGAUAGCGAAGUUGAAAAUACUUCUUUUGUUAAGAAAGCUAAUGUAAAAAAAUGUUCAGCUUACAAUAACCAUAAUUUAAAAACUGAGACUGAAACGUGUGCCGCAACUGCGAUUUCUGAGUUCAAAUUCGAAAGUGAUGAAGACUCAAUGUUAACUUCAUUAGGCGAUAGUGAUAUAGAUAUUCAGGAUGAAAUACACGCAACAAACGAUUCGGUUGAUUAUUGCAAUGAUUUUCAAAACAACAAAAUGCUAGAAUCUUUUAAUUCAAUAUUUGUUGACAGUCUACGGACGAAUACGAAAAAUGAAUCUGGCAAUAUGGAAUCAUCUCCGCAUAUAACAUCGCUGGAAUCAUUAAAACCUGAGAAUGUGGAUGCUAUUUCAAGAUAUUGUAACAAUAACAACUUAGGUGUAAACUUAUCCAAUGAGCUCAGUAACACUAGUGCGAAAUCGAUCAAAUCGUUGGAUUCAACAGAGAAGCUGCCAUCACUUGGCAAUGAGCACUGUACUGGGAUUAAAACAUCUUCAGAUUUGGCCUCUACCAGUAUUGCUGAUAAAAAAUUAACUAGGAUUCAACAAUUCAAAGAAUGGCAUCAAGUUCUUCAGUUAAAAUCGUACAACAAUGAGCCCCUAAUUGUUUUGCCUUACGUUUUGCUUGAAUAAAUUUAACGUUUCUUUCACGCUGUGUGAUAGCAUUUCCGAAACAAAAAACAUGAGAAGGCGUGUAGCAAAAUAUAAUACGUUAAAAAAUAUUUUUAACUUACAUUUAAUCUUAUUUAGUAUACACUUAGUACGUUUUGAUCAGAUCACAGCACAGGUUGGUUAAUUCUAUAUCUAACAGGAUUAAAAUAUAACAAAAAAGGAAAAAUAAAUUUGGUUCGCAAUAAGAAUUUUCGUUACUUUGUACUUUUAAAAAAUGUAAAUUUUUUCCACCUUAAGAAAAUUAAUUAAAUUUAUAAAUAUAACACUUAAUGUAUAAUUGUAUAUAAACUAACCUUCUAGUUUCCCAAUAAAUUUUAUUUAAAAAAAGA